GGGCAGGGCGGCACCGGGCACGGCCCCCGCCGCCACCAUGGUGAAGGAGGAGUGCAAGGCGCUGCUGGACGCGCUCAACAAGGUGACCGCCUGCUACCGGCACAUGGUGCUGACCAUCGGCGGCACCUCGGACUCCCAGAACCUGCGGGAGGAGCUCAAGAAAACCCGGCAGAAAGCUCAGGAGCUGGCGGUGGCCAACAGGAACAAGCUCACCACGGUCCUGAAGGACAAAACCGUGAGUAAGGAAGAUAAAGCCGAGUUCGAGAGGCUAUGGGUGAUUUUCUCCACGUGCCUAGAGAUCCUGGAGAUCGAUAUGAGGAGAGCCCUGGAGCUGGGCCACGAGUUCCCGCUGAACGUCCCCAAAAAACACCUGAUCCAGACGGGCAUGAGCGGGGGAACCUCCGGCGUGGCCGCCCGCGCCAUGAGUGUCCAGAACAUGAAAUACGAGGCUGAGCACAACAUAGACGUGGUGGAUUUGAAAGACCUCGAGAACGAGAUCAACCAGGUAGGAGAGAUGAUGUACGAGAUGGAGAUGAAGGUCAAUGUCCCCCAGUGGACAGUAGAGGCUAAGCAAGACCCAGGGGCUGAACUGAAAUCCACCAUCAGCGUGGGCGCUUCCUCUAUUGGCAUGAUCUCUGUGGAGGAAAAUAAAUCCUUCUGCGAUAUCAGCAAGGUUCUAGCUGGGAUUAUUUUCACUGCUGUGCUCAUUAUCGCUAUUGUCCUGGCAGUGUGUGUGGUAAAACUGUCUUAGGGUGGUGCACGCUCUGACACGAGCGACCCCUCUCCAGCCUUCUCUGGAGUGUUUCAUGCCUCACCUUCACUUCCAAAGUGUGUUACUUGGAUGAGCUGAGAAUUUUAAACGAACACUUGAAAGAACAAAGCAGAACUUUUGCCUCUGGAUAGCCUAAAAUGCACUAUUUGUUUCUUCAUGCUUUUUGAAGAAAAAGGGAUGUGAAUCAGCCUGCAGAACAGAAUGUCUUCGUUUACUGGACUUGUAACAGUUAAGCGAAAUAUCAGGGUAUUAUCACUACUGGCUGUAACAGGGAUUUGCCUGCUAUUAAUAGGUCACUAUUCUCAGAAGCCUGUGGUUUUUAUUCUUCACUAGGUUCUGGUGUUUGCUGCUGGUCACUGUUUACAGUAUUAGAGGGUAACAUAAAUUUGAUAGCUAACAUGGGUGUUUUGUCUGACCAAGUGAAUAGAAUACUUCUUAUUUUCUAUCAAAUACAAAAUGUAUUUCUUGAGCAGAGGAAAGGGGUAAGGAUGAAAACCCCAAUAAAAUAAUGCAGCCAACCUCUAUUUUAAAUAAGUUAAUGGUUAGGGAGGGAGGAGAAAACGGAACGAUGUUUGAUACCAAGUACUGUUUGUUGAUUUAGACUGGAUUGUAGGGAACCCAGUUGCACGAAUUGGCACAGCAUAUGUCAAUGACUAAUUGCUUUCCAAAUACAGAGAGAAAAAAGGGAGAGUUGCAUAUUCCAAAACAUACUAGCAAGCCUCAUGGUUUUCAUUCACAUUUACCAUGGUUUUAUCUUUCCCUGCAGAAAGACUUAUUCUUGCUACUGAUUCUGAUUUUUCUUUCUGAAGCAGCAAUUUGUACUCCGUGAUUAACUAUGAAAACAGGAGCAAUGAAUCUACCCACAGCAGAUGCAGUAACAUGGGAAAAUAGAUUUUAGCAAAGAGAUACAAGCAGACUUUCCGAAUGGGAUCCCCUCUCCUCUUGACAGGGAGGGACUGAUGCUUGUAUGUAUACAGCCACAUUUCUUCAAGCUCCCAAAUUGCAGAAAUCCAGACAAAGCUAAAAAUGUGUCUCAGUUUCAUAUCUCAGUCAUGUCUGAUUAAUCAUCUGGGAAACAGGAAGCCUGUAGGAUUGAUAACACUACAGUUCUGGAAGGGAAGUGCAACAGCAUAAAAUUUUCAAGUGCUUCUCUAUGGAAUUGUCAACAUUUAAAUAUAAAACUCUGGGAACAGACACUUACUUAGCAGAGAAACUUUACAGUAUUUUGUAAAAAGGAUUUAUGUGUUACGGUAUUUAUUAUUUACUUUGGGAAAUACCUUCUAGUGCUGUGAACAAACACUGUCCGUUCAGGAAUGCUUGGUAGAUGUGCUACAGUGCCAUAGGUGUAUGGGGCACUCCACAGCCAAAUAUAAAGACCCCAAAAUACUGGGGGUUUAAGAAGUCAUUUUUCUUCAUUGAUUAUUACAGGAACAUGAUCAAAAAGUAAUAAUCAGACAUGUUUUGUGAACAGUCUUCAUGCUUGUUAAAUAAAAUUGACAACAUGCACAAACACCUAAUAUUUUAAAAUAUUUUUACGUUAAGAACUAAACAUACUUCAAAAAACUGCAGCAAUUUGUUCUUUAAAACUUAACUGGAUUGGGGGGGAGGGGGGAAGUGUAUUUGAAUCUGUUCACUUGUAAGUGAGGAAAAAAAUAGUAAGGGGAGGCCUGAAUUCAAAGCUAUAGAUUAUCCUGUUGAAGGAUAAUGUGAGCUCUGCCUAUUGGUCCAGUCUAAAUCCAUUCUCUCAGGAAUUCAGAGUGUUCCAAGACAACUCCACAUUCCUUUCUGCUGUGUUUCACUCAUUCCAUAGAAUAUGUUUUAUGUGUAGUUGAUCUAUGUCUAUAGAGAUCCCUGACAGCUUUCUAACAAAGCCAGGUCUGCAUUUAUCGGUGCUACAGUUCCAGCCUGCCUAGACAAGGUGUAAUUGCUGAGUGUUCACAACCACAAUAAAUAAACAUAUUUAAGGAAAAUACAGCAAAAGCUGCAGAAGAAUGUACCUAUUUGGAUUGCCACCUCUUGUCAUUAAGGACCUGUGGAUGUUUUCAAUUUUGCAUGCUCACUUAGUUCACAGGAAGGUAGAGAAGACAUUGGGCUUUAUUCUGUGCUUCUGAAAACUCCAUAAACCUUGAAAUCAGACCAUUUAACCACAUGUUCUCAAACCCCCAAGUCAUGAAUGCAAGUCUGUUUUCUGGUGGCUAAGUAAAUGGUAACAAUGACAACAUUCAUUAUCUUUUAUCUCGGUCGGUAUCUCCCACAUACCUAACCAUAGAUAAACAGUUUAUCCAUGCUUAGUUGUGUAGGAGAAUUUUUAAGAAUAGGUCAUUUUUGAAAGCAAGCCUCAGUGGGUUGUUAAACUGUUACAUUUUCAGUCCAUUGCAGUUUUGGUUUUUUACUUGGAUUUUUUAAUAUAGGACUCAAAGAAUUAAUAUAAAUAGCCUUUAAGUAUGUAAGUCUUGCUUUAUUAUGAAUAUGCAUACAAUUAAUAUUUAAAGGAUUGGCCUUGGAAAAAGAAUUUUCAAAUCUUAAGACAAAGCUGGCUGCAAAUCAAUUCAUCAUUAGUAUGUUCAUAAAAAUCUGUACAUCUUACAUUUAGCCUAUCUGAAAUCAAUAGAUUAAGUAGAAUUGUAACAGAGGAUUGGCACUGUCUACAUGGAUAAAGUGCUGCCACUCGUCUCCUACACGUGUUUGUUCCAUGUGACAGAGUUUGGCACGACACUGCACAAAACCAAAACUAAAUGAAACCUCCAUUGCCCAAAAGUACAGAGGCUUCCUUUAAAUUAAGAAAUAGAGAUAUAGAUUUGCGGUCUUCAUUUUUUCCUCCUACUGGAAUGCAACUGGAAGGAGACUGGAAAUGCUACUUUGUAAGUGAAAAAUGGGAAUUCAUACUUCAAAAUGUUCUAUAUUGAAACACCAUGAUGAAAAAAGCACAUACUCUCAUGCUGAUUGGUGAGAAUGUAAUUAUAGUCCAGGAGAAUAUGGUCAUUGCUUAAUUAAUAUCAGUGUUGAUCUACUUCAGCUCUUUUGUCUUUAUUCACAGAAUACACAUAUUAAAUUUGCUGUAUAGUAAAAUCUUACUCCUGACUUGAAUUACACUGGUUUUGCCUGUGCAUGGGUGGUAUUUUCUACACUUUGAAUAAUGCAAACCUGUUACUGUCACUAUUUAUUUAACUUAAAAUAAAGUACUUCCUUAUAACUUA